AUGCCACAUGUUCUCACCCUUAUGCUCACCAAGUUUCAGUCGAGGUCUACCACGGCCAAGGCGGUCGCGUUUCAUCCGCGACGGCCGUGGGCUUUGUGUGCACUUUACUCGUCACCGAUUCAACUCUGGGAUUACCGGAUGGGUGUGUGCAUUGCGCGUUUUGAGGGCCACGAAGGUCCGGUUCGAUGUGUAGACUUCCACCCUACCCAACCGAUUUUUGUUUCGUGCGGCGACGAUGGUACUAUUCGCAUUUGGUCUCUCCAGACACAGAAACUAAUGUUUCAACUAAAUGGCCACUUUGACUACGUGCGGACCGCGUAUUUCCACCCGGAAAUGCCCUGGGUUAUUUCCGCGUCUGACGAUCAGACAGUACGAAUCUGGAACUGGCAGAAUCGCCAGCAGCUGCUCUGUCUUACUAGUCACAGCCACUGGGUCACUUGUGCUCAGUUCCAUCCUACCGAGGACCUUAUUGCUUCUUCCUCAUUAGACUGCACCGUGCGUAUUUACGAUAUUUCCGCCCUUCGCCGCCGCCUCUCGGCACCUUCCAAAGGUCCCAUGGAGAUUGAGGAAGCUGGACCAGACGCUUUCGGUCCACAGUAUGACUAUCGUCUCAAGUGGACACUCGAGGGACAUUCAAAGGGCGUUCUUUGGGUCGCGUUCCACCCCACCCAACCCCUCCUUGCCUCAGCGAGUGACGACAAGACAGUCAGGUUGUGGCGGAUGUCGGACUCAAGAGCAUGGGAGGUGGACACACUGCGUGGCCACACCAACAGUGUUACAUGCGUGGCUUUCCAUUUGACCGAGGACCUCAUCUUGUCCUGCUCAGACGACCGCACUUUCCGCACUUGGGACUUGAAUCGCCGCAUCCCUGUCAACGUGUACAAGCGUGAAAAUGAAAAAUUCUGGAAUAUUGCGCUUCAUCCCAACAUCAACCUCAUUGGUGCCACUAACGAUGGUGGUCUUUUGAUCUUCAAACUUGCUCGUGAACGUCCAGCUCAUACUGUGUCGCAGGGAAAGCUGUACUUUGCAACCAGAGACAAGAAGAUCAAAAUAUUCGACUACAAGGACGCUGUUGAUAAAGAUGGAGUGCUUUCAUUGGCCAAAUUUGGCGGCAACUUCCAACCAUUGCGGGAACUCAGCUAUAACCCAGCAGAAAAUGCCGUGUUAGUCACUUGCGACUCUGAUGGUAAUCCGUCCGCCCGCACUCGGUCCUACAUCUUGGCCAAACUUCCUGCUCAGGCUAUGGGUCCCGUAGAACCUUCAAAAUCCAUGGAAGGGCCCGCUGACCAGGCUCAGUUCAUUACCCGCAACCGGUUCGCCGUAUUCCGCGCUGAAUCUCAAACUAUUGAAAUUCGCGACAUGGAGAACUCUAUUACCAAGACGCUUUCACUGCCUAUUGUUACAAAACACAUGCUUUCUUCUCAGCCGGGCCAUGUUUUGCUGGCUGGUGCCAACUCAGUAGUUCUUUUCGAUGUUCAGCAGGGUCGUGCUGUUGCCACUCUGCGAGCUUCUGAUGUCGAGGCUGCGGUCUGGUCGCCUGAUGGUAAAUACGUUGCGUUGCAGGCCAAGCAUAAGAUCACUAUUGCCAACAGUAAACUCGAGUUUGUUUCUUCCGUGAACGAUACGAUUCGUGUCAAGAGUGUGGCAUGGGAUGAAGCACACACAGUGAUCUACUCUACAUUCAACCACCUCAAGUAUGCAUUGUUGAAUGGUGAUGUCGGCGUGUUGAAGACGCUCAACAGCACACUCUAUGUGACAAUGGUCAAGGGCAACACUGUUUACUGCUUGAGCCGUAACUACACUGUGUUUAUUAUCCGUAUCGAUAGCACUGAGUAUCGGUUCAAGAAGGCCAUUAUCAAUGGUGAUUUUGCUGAGGUGGCGAGACUCAUCAAGACCUCUCACUUGGUUGGCCAGAGCAUCAUUGCCUACUUGCAAAAGCGAGGAUACCCCGAAAUUGCUCUACAGUUUGUUGAGGAUCCUCAGACCAAGUUUGAUCUCGCAAUUGAAUGUGGUGAUCUCAAUACCGCUGCCGAACAAGCGGGCGUUCUGAACAAACCUAUCGCCGAUAAGUUGCUCGCUGCGGAGGCUCUAAACCAGGGCAACCACGAUAUUCUUGAGGAUGUUUAUCAAAAGCAGCGUGCUUUCGACAAGCUGGCAUUUUUGUAUCUUAUCACUGGUAACCGCAGCCGCCUACAAAAGAUGGAAGAAAUCGCCGAUGCUCGUGGUGACACAUUGGCGCGCUUCCAAACCUCAAUCUUCCUCAACUCUGUUGAGAAUCGGGCCCAGCUAUUGCGUGAAGCAGGCCAAGCACCUUUGGCCUAUGCGACUGCCAAGUCGAAUGGACUUGGUGAGCUUGCUUCGCAAAUCGCUGCCGAGCAGGGCAUAGAUGAAUCGAAGAUCGACAUUCCAGUUCACAACGUCGCUAAGGACAACGUUGUGGGUGUGAGCAUUGAAGGCUUCCGUGAGAAUUGGCCGCUGCAUGAAAAGAAGAGCGCCGAAGCUCUGUUGACCAUGACUAGCACUGUGAGCGACGAGCCCACUGAGUAUGUUGACGAGGUCCAGAGCGCGAGUGAAGUCGAGGAAGAUGGGUUCAAUGACAACCUCGAUGCGCUUGAUGAUCUGGUUGAUGGAUUUGACGAUAUUGAUGUCAACGACGAGGGUUGGGAUCUUGAUGUUGAUGUUGGUGAAGAGGAAGCGGAUGUGCAGGCUGUGAGCAGUACCACGGUUGUCACCGAGAAAGAGCGUUGGGUACGGAACUCUACUGUUCCCGCAGACCAUGUGGCAGCCGGAUCGUUCGAGACAGCAGCUCAGCUUUUGAACCGGCAAGCGGGCAUUGUCAACUUUGCUCCAUUGAAGCGACGCUUCCUGGAGGUUUAUGAGGCCAACAAGGCGUACAUUACCGGCCACGAUGGUCUUCCGCCUCUUGAAGUUUACGUGCGUGGCAACAACGACGUAUUGCCGUAUAUUCCGGGCUUUGAUAGUCUUGGAUCUAAGCUACAGGAGGCGUAUAAAUUUAUCAAGGCAGCCAAGCUUGAGCUGGCGAUCGAGACAUUCCGGGAGAUUCUAUACACAGUGCUCAUUUUGUCUGUUGACGAGUCAGAUGUACCAGAGUGCCUGAAAGUUGUUGAGAUUUGCCGCAACUAUAUCCUGGCAUUCAGCAUUGAGCUCAAGCGCCGGUCGCUUCCUGCAUCAGAAACCAAGCGGAACCUCGAGCUUGCUGCAUACUUCACUAAGCCGACCCUCCGUCCUGCUCAUGCACCGUUGCCAUUGCAGGUAGCAUUGACACAGGCGUUCCAGCAACAAGAAUUUGCUCUUGCGUCGUAUUUCGCCGGUAAGUACCUCGAGCUUGUCAAGACGGGACCGGGGGCCGAGAAGGUGCGUAAAAUCAAGGCAAGGUGCGAUGCCAAUCCCCUUGACAAGGUGGACAUUGACUUUGACCAAUUCGCCAACUUUACAAUCUGCCCCGGCACACUGACCCCGAUCUACGAGAGUGAGCCCACCGCAACCGAUCCUUUCACUGGUGCCGUCUACCACGCGUCUGAGAAGGGCAAGCUGUGCAGCAUCAGUGGCAUUUCAGUUAUUGGUGCCGCAGCUUCUGGUCUUCGGUUAUCCAACUAG